UCCUUGUUACGUGACAAUGGUGGAUUACAACAGCGAUGAUUUCAUGGACAGAUUGCGUGAAGCCUUAAGGAGCGUCAAUCUGGGAGAUGAACGAUGGAGGUCUAGAAGGGGUGAACCACGUCCAAACGCGGAUGAAUUCAAAAUCACCGAGCUACCUGAAUUCAAUGGCAGUGCAGACCCGGAGGUUUAUUUGGAAUGGGAGCGCAAGAUCGAUAGAAUGUUUGACUUCAAGGAUCUUGACGAUGAGAAGCGUUGUAAGUAUGCUAUUCUGAAACUUAGCAAAAGUGCAUCGUUGUGGUAUGAGGGCUUGAAGGCUCGAAGAAUACGAGAUAGGAAGGAGAAAAUCAGUUCUUGGGAGUCCUUGAAAAGAAAGUUGCGCAAAAGGUAUGUGCCAUCGAACCACAGAUUGAACUUGUAUAAGAAGAUUUCAGAUUUAGUACAAGGUAAAAUGAGUGUUACUGAGUACAUUGAUGAAUUCGAAAACCUAUGUUUAAUGGGUGAGUUGGAGGAAAAUGAAGAGCAAAGAAUGAGUCGUUUUCUUCGUGGUCUGAAUAAGAACAUAGCAUUUGCUGUUGAGCUAUGUAAUUAUUCUGACUUCAACACUUUGAGCACCUUGUGUUUAAAAAUUGAAAAUCAAAAUAAGAGCAGAUAUAAUGCUGGUGGUUCAAGUGGUUGGUCCAAGGGAGGUGUAUCAGGUAGUGCAGCUGCAGCCCCUAGCACUAAACCAAAUGUGACUCAACCAAAACAGGUUGAGCCUACUCCUAAACAAUCUAGUGCUGCAUCCAAAGAGACUAGCCUGUCGACGAGAAGCGGUUAG